ACAAUGGCUGAACUAAAACGGAUUAAAGUUCAUUUAUUUCUGAUCCUGGGGCUUCAGUUUACUGGUUGCACAAUAACUAGAUCGUCUGUUUUCAUGAGAUCCGGGGAUGACAUGGUUUUGUCUUGCCAAAAUGUGAUCAGUGGUCAGAUAAAGUGUAAUGGUACCACAUGGGUCUAUAGUAGAACCAGUGGCUCAGUAGAACUGGUUACACUGGGACAGGUUGACCAAGUGCAGAGAAACUCUGACAGACUGAGUGUUGCAGCAAAUUGUUCUCUGGUGAUGAGGAGCAUCACAGUGGAGGAUGCUGGUUAUUAUCAAUGCCAACAAUAUAAAUCUGAAGCUGACCCCAGUAAACACAUUCUGGUUCAUCAGUCUUUAGUUUCUCUGUCUGUUGUUCACAUGACUGAGCAGAAGGAGACAGAUACGGUGACAUUAACCUGCUCUGUGGAGACGCGCGGUGCAUGUGGAUCCAGAGUGACAUGGCAGCAUGACUGUUCUACUGGGAAUGAGAUCAAUUGUACAGUACGACACUCUGGCUGCUCUGCUGCAGUUUGUUUCAUAGAGCGUUCCCUCACACAGAGCUGUGAGUUCCAGUGUGAAGUCACAAACGCUGAAACCAAACAGAUCUUCAACUUCAACCAUCAGUCCACAGAACAUAAAUCAGGUUUCUGGUCAGGAGCUCCUUACGUCGCUGCAGCUGUUUUCUCAGUCGCGCUCUUGACAGCAGUUGCUGUGUUCGUCAUCAGAUGGAGAAAUAAACGAAACACGAAGCAGGUGCAUGUCUAUGAUGAAGUGAAUCCAACUGUUCCAGAAUCGACCACGACCCAGGAAACCAGCAAGGAGAACGUGGAGCCUGAAGAUGGUGUCUAUUACUCCACCAUCAGAGAAGCUCCAGUCAGGUUUAAUGUUGUUGGUGAAAGUGAUGACAUGACCUACAGCACUGUGGGAUCUCCCAGACCCCCUGCUGAUCCCAGCGGCAUCUACUUUCUUCUCACCGCUCCGGGAAAAUAGGUUGGAAUGAGACUUUAAUUAUACUUUUCCGUUAAGUUAGUAACAUGUUAGUGACUCUUAUAUCUCGCUUUGUUUUAAAAUGCACUGGAAAACUUUGUAUGACAUUUGCUUUUAUCAGUUUCCUGUAUUUUUAUCGACUGCAUCAAUAAAAUAGUUUAUUGUAUUACAGUCACUAAUACAUAGUUCUGUAGUUUUGUAUUUAUCUGAGGGCUGAUUAUAUAAAAUAGAAACUAAAGAGAAGCACUCGAUUACAACACUCAUUUGUUUUUGAUAACACAUUUACUACUUUCUGUUUAGCAGCCAUCAUCGCCCCCUGGAGUUACCAGAAGUACUAAUGUCUUUUUUUAUUCUUUUCUUUUUUUGCACCAUAUGAUAAUGCUCAGCUUAAUUUUAUGUAAUUCAAUUACUUCUCUAUUUAGAAGUUACUGAAAUGAGAGAAAUCAUAAGAAUUUGCAAUUUAACACAUUUCUGAGAAACAAACUUAUUUACUGUGAUUGAAAACACAUGAAAUUUUAAAUGGACUGAACUUAUAUAGCGCUUUUCCAGUCAUUUUGACCACUCAAAGCGCUUUACACUAGAGUCACAUUCACCCAUUCACACACACAUUCAUACACCGAUACGCAGACCGGUAGGCAAUUUGGGGUUAAGUGCCUUGCCCAGAAGCACAUCGACAUAUGGCAGGGCGAAGCUGGAAUCGAACCUACAACCUUCCGAUUGCAAGACGACAACUCUGCCACACAACCACAAUCCAACUUAUCAAUUUCUAUUUAGUCAUAAUUUUAAUUGCUCUAUUUUGAAAUGAAUGCAUUAAUUCCUGAACCUAUAGUCAGUCACAUUUUCAAUAAUAAUUCAUCCAGUAGGAGGCACUGUUGAGUCACAUAUUAAUGUACCUUUUAGAUGACAACAGAUAUAAAAAUCUCAUAAUGAGAAUUUUUUAUAUUUUUUGAGUGGCAGAAAUUAGCUUUCAUAAAAAAAACAGAGUAAAAACUGAAGCAAUAUGUUUA